AUGAUCAACGACUUGGCGUUUAACCAGGACUACACGUGCCUCCUGAUGUCCACACUGGAGUGCCACAAGAUUUACAAUUGCGAUCCAUUUGGUGAAUUCUACACUUCCGAUAAGAACAAUGCCCCGACAGCAUUUCUCCGGAUGCUUUUCUCCACGUCCCUUACGAUUAUAGUGCCUGAAUCCGGGCUGAAUUUGGGCAAUAGGGUGCUCCAAGUUCAUAACCUCAAGCAAAACUUGAAGAUCUGUGAGCUCACGUUCCCGUCAAACAUAGUGGACCUCAUGCUCAACAGAAAGAGAUUAGUGGUAUUCCUCGAGGUUGGCCAAAUCUACAUUUACGAUUUGAGCAGUGUGAGGCUCAUGAAAGUCUUGGAGAUAAACUCGUACCUGAAGGGCGAGAACGAUGGGGUUGUGGCAGCCUUGAGUGCCGAUGAUAGGCUGUAUUUGGCUAUGCCGCUCAGUGCCGUGAAUGACCAAACAGAUCUUUUCAAUGAGAGUUCAAGUCAGCCUAGCACUCCUGUUUUAAGGCCGAGCGACCUGGCCCCGGUAGUUCUGUUGGACGCUCUUGUGGAGCUUACUCAGAAGAACGAGAACUCCCUGCUUGCCAAAAAGGAGACAAUUACAUUGGAGGAUUUGCAAAAGGAUUCCAACGGCUGGGUGGUAAUUUACGAUACGAUCAAUUUGAAGCCACGGCUUUUGUACAAGGCCCAUGACUCGAGCAUUGCCAAAAUCACAUUAUCGAGAGAUAGCCAAGCAGUUGCAACGGCCUCUACUAAAGGCACGAUCAUCAGGGUUUGUCAUCUCAACUUCGAUCUUCUUGACGACCUUGGCAAGCUUCAUAUCACACACAUUACCAAUCUCCGGCGUGGCCACCACCUAACCAGAGUGACCAAUCUCACAUUCAGCGUGGACUCGAGUGUAUUGGGCUGUGGAUCAGACAGCAAUACCAUCCACUUCUUCAAAAUCGGCCCUGAAACGCCUCAGCCGGAACUGAGUGACGAGGACCAAAGCAACCGUUCGUCCCUGGAGGAUCUCAACGAGAACUUGGCCAAUCUACUAAUACUGAAGCAGCCAGAGGAGCCUGAGCAGGAGGAAGGUGACAAGCUGUACUUCUCACGCCUUCGGAGACCCAGCAAACUUCUCAACAAUCCCUACACUAAGCUGCUUAUCAAGAAGCUUCCUUACAAGGACUACUUUGACAACUUGAUCUGGGAGCCGCCCAGACGCCUGUUUGCAUAUGUGAAGCUUGGGGAAAAUGCGCCCGUGUCUCACAAGAAUGUAGAGAUUGGCUUGGGUGCUCUGGGUGUGUUGAUGUUGGCUUCCUACCACACGGGAACAUUCUACCAGUAUAAGCUUCCGAAGCCUCAUGACGAGGAUCGAGAGGAGUGUGUUCUACUUUCAUCACACUCGUUGCAAUGA